AUGAAGUAUUUCAACCUGCUGGGCUCCAGCUGGUUGAAUGUCAGCCGGGCCAUGACAUCGGAAGACAAUGCCAUCGGCCCCCUCGGCCCCGACAUCAGGCCUAGCAAUGGGAGUCCUCAUGUCGUCUGUGACGAGGUUAACGGAGUGUCGCGAGCCACAAGUCUCUACUGGAGCAGCAUCGCGGUCCAGGCUCUUAAACGAAGCUGCGAGUUCCACGAUGGGGGUUUAUUGUCACUCGAGGCCAAAACUGCCAAUUCCAACUGCCCCCUUGGCAAUGCAAACAUCAUGUCGGCUCAAGAUGCAUCGUCAGCGUGGAGAGUCAAGAUCGAUGAUCUUCACGCUUUCUCCAAGCCACCCAGACCUGCAACCCAUGGUUCAGACUGUCGCUUGACCCACGGCACAACUGCACGUAGACGAUCGCUUUCCUCUUUGGGCCACCAACAGCGUGCGGUUGACUAA